UAUGAUAUUUGUAAACACUACACAUCUGUCAAGCUGUCAUUAUAGCUUGCUGAUAAUAAAUUUAUUUGUUUAAUAGUUUCCACCAUUAAUUUCGUUUUAAUCAAAUGCCGUUUGAUAACGAUAGUGUUAAGCAUUGCAGUUGUUCGUAAAAUGUCCAUAGCAUUCGGUCGUAAAAAGCAUGUAAAAAUAAAAUCAAAUUGCUGUGCACAUUCCUUUAGUUUAUUGUUUAUUUGAACCAAACAUUUAUCCUAAUAAGAUGUGGAUAAAACCAUCAGAAGUUCUGUUGGCGAACGCCUUAUGGGAGACUGAGCAAUACACCAAGUAUUUCAUUCUACAACAUCGUAAAGGACAUGGGGAAUCCAGAGGAUUGUCUUCUUUGUUGGUUGGUACUUUUGAUAGUAUUUUUGAUACUAAACCAGCACCAUAUCGAAUUCUUCACCAGACCCCUACAUCAGAAGUUUAUCAUGCAAUUGCAAUGGGGAGGACCCAUGAAGAAAUUGUUCAAGAUUGGAAGUGGGUGCAGGACAAUCUGCAAGCAACUCUGGCUGCAUUUGAAAGAGAAGAUGAUAUUACAGACUUUGUCACUUGCAAGAUUCAGUCUUUGUUAGCAACACAUGAUCCUCUUUUAGAUGUGGAUGAAGACACAAAAAAGUUCAAAAAUACAUCAGACAAGUUUCAUCGCCAUUUCAAUAUUCCACAAGAUGAGAAAUUGGUGAAUUAUUAUUCAUGCAGCUAUUGGAAAGGUAAAUUACCGCGCCAAGGUUGGCUGUACUUAUCAGUGAACUAUUGUUGCUUCCAUGCUUUAAUCUUGGGCGUGGAAUCGAAAAUAUGCUUGCGAUGGAUGGAAAUUGUAGAUCUCAGCAAGACGAAUAGUCUGCUUUUUCCUGAUUCCAUCAAGGUUUCAACAAGACAAAAAGAUUACCAUUUCAGUCUUUUUGUGAAUAAAAACGACACUUUCGGCUUGAUGGAGCAGCUUUUGGAUAUGGCAAUGAAAGGUUUGAUUGAUGAAAAAGGCACUUAUAAUGAAGACAAGGAACUUCGAUUAAAGAUUAGCAAGAAUGUGCCAAAAAAGGCGUCGUUUAUGAAACGCGACUUGGACGCGCGUGCAAAGUCAGAAUCAUAUCGUCUAUUGUUUCGAUUACCUUCCAACGAAAAACUGGACGGGUGUAUAGACUGCACCCUGUUUACCCCAUACAAUAAACAACAUGUCUCCGGAUGUCUGUUCCUCUCUCAAAACUACAUUUGCUUUGAAAGCCGGGUAAGCGUGAGAGAUCAAGUGAGUGUCGUCAUUCCGCUUCGCGAUCUCCAAUCAGCGGAACGAACCGAUAAUAAUGCAUCGAACACGUCCCUGAAUAAAGCAAUAAUUAUCAUUCUGAAGUCCCGCUUACCGCACUACAGCGAACACAAUGAGAGUAGCUUCUUGUUUGCUCAAAUACAAGAUAGAGAUUUUCUUAUCAACAAAAUAUCAGAGCUCCUUAGCAGAAAUAUUUCUUUGGGGUACUACAGCUCAACUCCCCAAGACUUGGGGGAUGGCGAUAAACCAAGCUGGAAAUUUGAACCACCAUUGAUGACGGUCUUUCCUCUGAGCCCCAUUCCCGAAGUGAAUCAUGUACAGGUAGAAAAGAUCAAAUCGUGGGAGAGCCAUUUUAACAAGUAUGGACGCGGAAUUUCCAUGUAUAAAACUUCGGAACUUGUCAAUUUGGUAUAUGAGGGCAUACCUGAUGUGUUACGCAUGGAAAUCUGGAUGUCCUUUUCGGGAGCAGCCAACAAAAAGGCCACCCAUCCGGGUUACUACAGAGAUCUUGUUGAUCGCGCUUUGAACAGACAUUCCCUGGCAAAUGAAGAGAUUGAACGUGAUUUGCAUCGUUCGCUUCCGGAACAUCCUGCAUUCCAAGACAAACGCGGCAUUGACACUCUUCGACGAAUUUUAUGCGCUUAUGCACUACGCAAUCCUAACAUUGGUUACUGCCAAGCGAUGAAUAUAGUCGCCUCGGUGUUGUUGAUCUACUGCGCUGAAGAGGAAGCGUUUUGGUUGCUCACUACUUUAUGUGAGAAUUUACUGCCGGAUUAUUACAACACUCGCGUGAUUGGAGCUGUUGUAGAUCAGGGUAUUCUUGAUGGUCUUGUUGCUGAACAUUUACCAAGCUUACAUAACAAAAUUAAUCAACUGGGUAUGAUCAAGAUGAUCUCGUUAUCGUGGUUCCUGACAAUUUAUUUAAGCGUGAUGCCUUAUGAAAGUGCCGUGAACAUAAUGGACUGUUUCUUCUACGAUGGCGCGAAGAUUAUCUUUCAAACGGCGCUAAUGGUGCUAGAGUGGAAUGAGGAUGGUUUGAUGGAGUGCAAAGAUGAGGGCGAGGCAAUGCAAAAAUUGGGAGAUUUUUUAUUAGGUGUUUUCAACACUGAUGGAAGAGGUGCCAUACGGAACAGGAGCUACGAGGAGCAGCAGCGUUCUAUGUCUAUUCAAACAUUGAUCAAUAAGGCGUAUUUGAAUUACGGAAAGAUUACCACUGGCCAAAUCGAACAACUGCGAGUUAAGCACAGAUUGAAAGUUGUACAGAACUUGGAAGAUGCGUUUGAGAGUCAUGUUAUUCGUUGCGUGUCUGAUUGUUAUAUGUCACAGCAAGAGCUUCGUGAUUUGUUAGGGGUAGUACGAGAAGAGUUGAUAAGUCAGAAACGACCGAUGCCUGAGAAACACGACCCGUCCCAACAACCGUACGAAUGUUAUCAGGUGGACUUUGAGUAUUUUAAACUUUUGUUUGCGGCGCUUUCUCCAUGGGGCGAGGGAGAACAGGCAGAAGUGCUUGCAGCGCGCAUAUUUUCGUUGCUGGACGAAAACCGUGAUGGAUUUUUAAACUUCCGUGAGCUAGCAUUUGCCAUUGGCAGUACAAGUGUUGCUGAACCAGCGCAGAGAUUAAAGUUAUUAUUUGCAAUUCAUCUCCCACCGAUUUUAACAAUGAGCGAUAUUGAAUCGCCGCAGAAGACAGAAGAAGGCCAUGAAAUUGCGUCUGAAGCAACCGAUUUCUUUGAUAGUGUCGAAGCUAGCGCACCGGAUGUACCAGGACAUCACUCUCCCGAUGACCAUUUGGCCUCAAGCGCAAAUCCGCAAUACAAUUUUCAGAGAUCAUUCGAUUCGCAGUCUUCAGUAGAGAGUCAACAAACAGAAACAAAGUUCGAAAAGAGUAUGAGCAUCCUACGAAAUCUCGUAAUGUCGAAAGAUAGCACCGGAAAUUUCAAGGUAGUACCUUGGAUGACUCAAGCACACUUUAUCACACUUUGGAGAAUGGUGUACUACAUUUUUGAUUGUCAAAACGAUGAUGAUGACGUAUGCAAUGACAUUGCGGCAGCAGCAACGGUCCUUUUCGAACUAGGCGACGUCAGUAAACAAUUCUUUAUCACACGCGAUGAAUCUGAUGACAGUUUAGCCUCCGCCGCGGCUGCGUGCAGCUCAACUCUUCUCCUGGACGGCUCACCGGACAAAAACGGCAAUCCACAAACGCCGUCGGAGAUCACCUGGUACAUCACCAUUCAGCAAUUCCUGGCGACUGUACUCAACUCGCCACCGCUCGUCGCAUUCCUAUCGAAGCGCGCUCCGCUUACAGAACGCAUCGAGCAAUUCAAGAAGCGCCGCUUCGAUCGCAUGCAUUGUCUAUAGUCAAAUCAAUCCAUUUCUAUCCUUAACAUAAAACAUAAUUAUGCAUAUAUGAUUUACAUAUUCAUAAAUAUAUAAUAUAUACAUAAAUAAAUAUAUUAAUUGUUAAUGAAUAAUUUUGACAUAAUUUAACAAAGCGUGUCAUGAUUUUUUUCUAUCCACUGGAAUAAAUCUAAUAUCAUUGUAAAAUAAAUCUGUAUUUACUCAUCA